AUGAGUUCGAGAGAUAGGGACACAAAGUCCCUUCAAGACAAAUUGAAAGUGUUCUUUAAAAAGGGAGGUACGGCACCGGUGGCGGCUCGAAACGAGCUGAUCGUGGGACCUGACUUGGAGCGAGAGCUAAGCGCAGAAACACCAUUAAGCCGCCGGCUACGAGCCAUCAAAGAAGUAGGCGAGAAGGCUCUGCAGAUUCGAAUACAAGAAGGAGGAGUGGAGAAAAUAUGGUCAUGCACCCGAGACCUGUUGGACGACCCAAACACGGAGAUGCGUCACGCCGCCCUGUGCCUACUGCGGCGCAUCGCGGAGGGCCAAGAGGGGCACCUGCUCAUCAUGAGGACCAUUCUGUUCCACUACCUCCGCGACACUCACGCCACCCAUCCGCCCGACGAUACGCAACUGCGAUUUAAACUGCUCUACACAUUGACCAACAGCGGAAAGAACAUUAACUGCUUUGAGGAACAGAUUGGACCGUUCUUGUUGGAGUGGUUACCGCAGAUCCAGCAACCGUCUCAGAUUGUAGAGUUCCUGCAGCUGAUCAUCAACGUCGUCAAGUUCAACGCAACAUAUUUGGACGAAGAAAUUGUUCAUGGCAUUGUCAAUAACGCUUGCUACCUUUGCGUGUACUCUGCGGAGCCGGCCGUGGUGCAGAGCUGCCUCUCACUACUAGAGGCUGUAGUCUCCUACUCGCUGCUGCCCCGCUCCGCGCUCAGGACCUUCGUGGCUGCCCUCUGCCGCACAGUCAACAUCGAGCAGUACUGCCAGAACAGCUGGAAGCUGAUGCGGUGCGUGGUGGGCGCCGACAUCGGGCACGCGGCGCUGCAGGAGCUGGUGGCCAUCGUGCGCGCCGCGGGCGAGGCGCCCGAGGGGGGCGGGGACGACGCGGGCCUCCUGCGGGGCGCCAUCUUCUACAUCAACAUGGCGCUCUGGGGGCCCAAGAAGGUGCACAACCUCAAGGUCUCCUUCCUCGCCGUGCUGCCCGCCUUCCUCAAGGCGCUGAGCGGCAAGCAAGCCGUGGCGGUGGUGAUCUACGAGGUGGUGGUGGCGCUGCAGAGCCUGGUGGCGCGCGUUCCCCACGAGCUGCACGAGCCCGCCUGGCAGGUGCUGCUGCGCAUCGUCGAGGCCAUUCUGGACCACGACAAGCGCAUGGAGCCGGCGAACGAGCUGGUGCACACGCGGGUGCACGCGCUGAUCUCGUCGCUGGAGGCGCUGCAGGAGGCGGGCCAGUUCCGCGGAUCGCCCUCCGCCCUGCUGCGGCUGCUCGACCGCUGCGGCCACGACCGCCCGGAGGCGUCGACGAUGCGGCUGGUGAGCGCGCGGCUCAUGGCGCUGGGCGGCGAGGCGGCGGGCGCGGCGCUGGCGCUGGCCGAGCGCUACCUGCGCUGCGAGCCAAGGCUGCCCGUGCGCCUGCACACGCUGGCGGCGCUGCUCGCGUACAUACGGCGCCACAGGUGCGGGCACGGCGAGGAGCUGGCGGAGCGCGUGGGCGGCGCGGCGCUGGCCGUGUGCGCGCUCGACGCAGAGGUGGCGCUGCGGGCCGCGGCCGCCAGGGCGCUGCCCGACCUGGCGCGCCUCUGCGCACCCGACGCCUGCACCGACCUCAUCGACCUGCUCGAGAAGAUCCUGAGCCGGCCGUUCGAGAUUUACGUGUCGGACGUGGCCAUCCCCGCGGAAGCGGACACGAGCGACCUGCGGCUGGCGGUGGGCGGGCUGCUCGAGCUGCUGCACGACAAGCUGCUGCGACCGCCGGCCGCGCACGCCACCAGGUGCCUGCUGGUGCUCAUCGACCACCUGGACAGCCACUACAAGCGCCCGGCGCUCUUCCUGCACCACCCGGACAUACGGCUCAAGAUCUUCGACAUGCUGUUCGGGCUGCGCGCGAACGCGCUGAACUGCGUGGGGUUCUGCUACGAGGCGGGCGGCGCGGCGGUGUACGGGGCGGCGGCGACGCACCUCAAGCCGCUCUGCUCGCCCUUCCUGCUGGUGGAGCCGCCCGCCGUGCGCGGCCAGCAGCCGCAGCCGCCGCAGCCCAAGGACCUGCCGCCGGGCUCGUGCGUGUUCCCCGCCGGGCGAGCCGCUCGCGCGCUGAGCGCCGCGCUCACCCGCGAGGCGGAGUGGGCGGUGCUGGCGCACGUGCUGCGCGCGCUGCCGCAGCUGCUGCGGGCGCGCGCGCUCGUCGUGGGCAGGCGCGCGCCAGACCUCGACCUGCUCGCCUCCACGCUCUGCGCCAUGCUGCCGCCCACGCAGGGCACGGCGACGGAGCGCGCCCCCUCGAUGGCGGACAGCCUGCGCGUGCCGCCGGGCCAGAAGCUGCUGGUGUCGGAGUUCCACGCGGCGGUGCUGCCCGCGCUGGCGGCGCUCGCCUCCUACCACAGCUUCCUCGAGCCGCAGACGCAGCAGAGGAUCAUAAGGUGCCUCCUCCGAUACGGAAUGGUGCUACGUCAAGCGCAGCCCUACAUCAACGCGCUGACCAUCUUCACGCUGGAGACGCGUGAGACGAUGGUCAAGAUGCUACCCGAGGUACUGCUCGAUCUCUCCAAGAUAUCGGACACGCAAGCGAUCGCCAGUCCGAUGCUAGAAUUUCUGUCAACGCUGAACCGUCUACCCCGCGUGUUCGCCUCGUUCGUGGAGGACCAGUACAUGUCGGUGUUCGCCAUCCUGCUGCCGUACACGAAUCCCUCGCGCUACAACCACUACGUGGUCUCGCUGGCGCACCACGUGAUCGCCGCCUGGUUCCUCAAGUGCCGCCUCUCCUACCGCAGGAACUUCGUGCGCUUCAUCAUCCACGGUCUGCACAACUACAUAAUAAUGCCGUUCGAGGAGCAGCUUCAAUACAAGACGAACCACUUUCAACAGUCGACGUCCGCUAACGAGGACUCCUCGAACCGCCAGCGCAGCUCUAGUUUGGGCUCGAAGGCGGUGUCGCGCGCGCCGCUGUCCGGUGGGCGGGCGUCGGCGGGCGCGUCGUCGGGGAGCUCCUCGCCGGGGGCGCCGGCCGCCUUCCACGUGGAGCUCACCGAGACCUGCAUCGACCUGCUGGCGCGCUACACCUUCACGCCGUGCGCCGUCAAGCCCCAGAGGAGCGACACCGCCGAGUUCCUGUUCAACGGCGGCCAGUCGACCACGUGGCUGGUGGGCCACAAGCUCAUCACCAUCACCACCUCCGGCUGCCUGCAGAACUCCAUCAAGCAGGGGCUCUGCGAGAGGUGCGCGCUGCUGUGCCGGCAGCACGCCGACAGCGGGCCCCCCGCCGAACUCGACCUCCCGCCCGCGCCCACACCCACCCCCGCACCCGCUCUGCAGGUUCAAGUGAACGACAGCUCCGAGCACGGCCAGAGCAACUCGUCCAACCACCAGCCGGCGGCGCCGACUCAGAACAGCCACCCGCCAGAAAUCAAACGACAAAACUCCGCUGAGAACAAGACGAACGACCCAGUCGCUGAUGCCUUCAAUCAGUUCUCGCAGCGAUUCGAGAAGAUCUCAAAGGAAGUGGAGUGGGAGGAGGGGCGGUCGCGCGCGGGCGAGCUGGCCGCGGCGGGCGGCUGCCCGUGCUGGUGCGGCGGCUGGGCGGAGCUGCACGUGCGCUCGCCCACCGGCGACGUGUCCUGGCUCAUGCGGCUGCAGAACCAGAUGAGCGGCUCGCAGCUGCAGGAGUGGCCGCUGCAGGACGUGCUGGCGCUGCUCUCGCCGCCGCUGCACGCGCACGGCCUCGACCACGACCACGACCAGGCGGACGUGACGUCACGGGCCCGCGGCGCCGCGGCCGCUCAGCACCACGCGCCCGGCACCGAUCUGCACAAGUCGAGUUCCGACUCGGUGGUGGCUGGCGAGAAGAAGGCGCCCCACGCCGCCUCCCACUGCAUCGUGCCGCCUCAGCCGCAGCCGCAGCGAAUGUGCACGCAGCCGAUCAACAUCCCCGGCUCGCCGCAGCGCCAGAGCUCGUCCAGCACCACCGAGGACGACGACCUGCUGCUGGUGGUGCCCGAGGGCAAGUCGCGGCACCCGGUGCGCCGCUCCAACUCCUCGCCGGAGAUGUCCUCCUCGUGGAAGCUGAGCGCGCGGGAGGCGGACGACGAGCUGGCCGUCGACGCCGACGAGAUGAUCCUGCUGCCCAGGUGCGAGCCGGCCACGGCGGCGAUGACCCUCCACGCGACCAAGAAGGCGGCCAAGAAGUGCGACAUGCGCGUCUCGUGCGAGGCGAUCCCCGAGGAGAUAUCGGGCACCUCGCCCCUCGCGCCGCCGCCCGCCCACGCCCACGCCCACGCCGUCGCCCACGCCCACGCGCCCGCCCACGCCCACGCGCCCGCCGCGACGCACCCCCACCUCAUGACGUACAACUCGGACCCCGAGGGGCGGUCGAGGAGGGGCGCGGGGGGCGGCAGUGACCUUUCGCUUGUGUGCGCAGGCGCGGACGCGGCCCAGGACGCCAAGCCGCCCAGCCUGCAGCUGCAGAAGACGGCCAGCGACAGCACGGUGACGGAGGGGCGCGGGCGCAAGCCGCCCGCCGCGCCCCGCACCGCCCUCGCCCCCUCCGCCGCCCCCGCCCCCGCCCCGGCAAGCGCCCCGGGGGCGCCCCCGGACGCCCCCCCCGCCCCGGCCACCGCCCCCGCCCCGGCCCCCUCCGCCCCCGCCCCCGCGGCCGCGGCCGCCCUCGAGCGCGACGAGCUGCCGCCGCUGUCGCGCUCCAAGCGCUCCAACACCAUCUCGGUCAUGAGCCCCACGCGCCGAAACCGCGACGCCAACUGCCAGCGCUCCGCUGGCGGCGGCAUGGCGCCCUCCUUCGUUUUCCUGCAGCUCUACCACAACAUGAGCACCUACCCGAUCUCGCCGCCGGUGCCAGGCGAGGCGCCGACGAUGCUGAAUCCGCUGAAGGAGAGGCCGCUCAAGGUGACCGGAGUGCAACACGAGAGGACCAUAAAGAAUCUGGACCUCGUCCCACCGCUGGAGACGUACAAGAUCGGUGUGCUCUACGUGGGUCCUGGGCAGGAGGACAACGAGGUCGCCAUUCUUAAGAACGAAUACGGCAGCGUGAGGUACUGCUCGUUCCUGCGGCAGCUGGGCUCGCUGGUGCCGCUGGACGGAGGCGACGAGCCCACGCUGUUCCUCAACCUGGAGAAGGGCGGCAAGGACGGCCGCUACGCCUACGUCUGGCACGACGACAUCAUGCAGGUGCUGUUCCACGUGGCGACGGCGAUGCCCUGCUCGCCCAAGGACCCCUCCUGCAACGAGAAGCGCAAGUACAUCGGCAACGACUACGUGUCCAUAGUGUACAACGACUCGGGGGCCGACUUCAACAUCCUCACUAUCAAGGGCCAGCUGAACCUGUGCAUCGUGGUGGUGGAGCCGCAGGAGCACGGCAUGAACCGCGUGCUGGUGAAGAGCAAGGACGAGCGGCUGCGCACCAAGUUCCUGGCGCACGUGGACGCGCACGCCGUCUCCGACCACAACGUGGCGCUGCUGGCGCGCCAGGUGGCCGUGCACUGCGCGCUGGCGGCGCAGAUCUCGCAGUCGCUGCGCAUGGGCGGCGCGCCGUUCGCGUCCAACUCGCUGGAGCGGCUGCGCCUCAUCAAGCGGCUGCGGCGGCGCGCCGAGGACGAGCGGCUGGCCGCGGCGGCGGGCGCGCCCAAGCCGUACGCCGCCGCGCCGGAGCGGCAACGCCGCGCGCAGGCCGACGACUUCAACGACUACACG